AUGGACUUGUCGAAGCUCUCGUCCAACUUGCCGCUCUCGUCCUCUCCGACAGACGAGUCGAUCAGCAACCUCAACAAGGAGCUUUCGGACGAGUUCAAGAUCGGCGCACGGUCGAUUGCGGCCUUAUAUCGUCUCUCGAACUCAAAGAAUUCUUUGCUCAUUGCACGGGGCUACCUGGAUUGCCUGAACGAGAUUUCCACCUAUCUCGAGAACGGGAACAUCUCCUCGUUGGCCGAGUUGUCCCAUUUCAUCACAGCUAAGAAACAUGAGAUGGCUCCGGAAACCGCAGCCAGCACGCCGCAUGAGGAGAUGCCGCCGAGGGACAACCUCGUGCAGAGCGGGAUAGACACGUCCUUCAAGUUCACAGUCAACCAGCCGACAGACCACCACUUCCCGCAUUCCCGUGCCCCGCUCUCGGUAGACAACCACAACCUCAGGUACUACUCGAAACCACACCAGCAUCAGAAAAAACUCAAGAGCAAGGCGUCCGCCAUUGCCAACGCCAAUACCAAUGCCGCCAACGCUGCUGCACCAUCCAGCGACGAGGAGGAGUAUGUCAACGCUUCACAGGACGACGAGGAGAGGGCAGGAGUAGCCUACUUCGUCUCCGGUAAGUCUCACACGAGCCCCAAGUCUUACCUUUCCUCAGGCAUCGACGAACACGACGAACACGAUUAUGACUACCACAAUGACAACACCUCAUUCGAGGAGGCCACCGGAUCCGCCAACACCCUGAAGAGGAAAACACUCGACAACGCCAGCCUGUACAAAAAGCAAAAGCUUGACUCCUGA